CAAGACUCUGCUGCCUCUAACCUGAUUAGGAAGAACAGGAGAGGUGGAGGAGCUGAGUUCGGAGACCCGAUCAGCAGAAAGUACGAGCCAGCAAGAAAAGAAGAAAAAGGAGAAGGAAUUACAAGAGGGAGCCUGACGAAAGAAGCCUCUUAAAUCUGGGAGCAGGAAUUGGAGCCGCAGGAACUGCAGAGGGGAAGCCACAAAACCGCAGUGAAGAUGCCUGCUAACGGAAACCAUCCCUUGAAGUUACAGUUUGGUCUUAUCAAUCAUGAGGGUCGUUACCUCACUGCAGAAAACUUUGGUUACAAGCUGAAUGCAUCAGCUCCAAGCCUAAAGAAGAAGCAGAUAUGGACUCUAGAGCAAGACUCCCAGGAGACCCAAGUUGUGUAUUUACGCAGUCAUCUGGGACGCUACUUGGCUUCUGACAAGGAUGGCAAAGUCACCUGCGAGGCAGAUGGCCAUAACUCCAACUGCCGCUUCCUCAUCGUACCGCAGUCAGACGGCCGCUGGGCCCUCCAGUCUGAGCAAUACCUCCGCUUCUUCGGUGGCUCUCGGGACUACCUGUCUUGCUUCGCUCAGAUUAUCACAGAUGCCGAGCUUUGGGCAAUGCACCUGGCUCUGCAUCCGCAAGCCAACCUGCUGUCUGUCGCCCGUAAGCGGUAUGCCCACCUCUCCACGGAGGAAGGGGAAAUCGCCGUGGACAGGAACAUUCCAUGGGGUGUCGAGGCACUCCUGACUCUCGUCUACCUGGAUGGGAAAUACUGCUUAAAGACCUGUGACAGCCGCUUCCUCAGCAGCGAUGGGAAGCUGCAGACAGAGAAUGGGAGGGCCACAGCAUACACACUGGAGCUGAAGUGUGGGAAGCUUGCAUUUAAAGACAGUGAGGGAAAGUAUUUGUCUCCCAUGGGCCCCACAGGGACCCUGAGGUCAGGACGAUGCUCCAAGCCAGGCAAAGAUGAACUGUUUGACUUGGAGGAGAGCCACCCACAAGUGGUUUUGAAAGCAGCUAAUGGCCGUUAUGUCUCCAACAGACAAGGAGUAAGCCUCGCCGCUAAUCAAGAAGAUGAAACUGACAUGGAGACGUUUCAGAUGGAGAUCGACCGGGACACCAAGAUGUGCACCUUCCGCACCAGCCAAGGUUUCUACUGGGCCCUGGUGGCCCACGGCGGCGUCCAAAGCACCGCCACACAAAUAUCUGAAAACACAAUGUUUUCAGUGGAAUGGCUCAGCCACAAGGUGGCGAUAAAAGCAAGCAAUGGGAAAUACAUCUGCACCAAGAAGAAUGGCCAGUUACUGGCAGUCAGUGACACCAUAGGUGACUUUUCCUCUCUUUCCUGGCGGAUCUCCUCUCCUCUAAUCCUCGUUGAGCCGACUUGUUUUGGGUUUUUUUUUCCUCCAGGUGAGGACGAGCAGCUCACUCUGAAACUGAUCAACCGGCCCAUGCUGAUCCUGAGAGGGGAGAACGGCUUCAUCUGCCACCACAAGAACUCCAACACGCUGGACGCCAGCAGAUCAGUCUAUGACAUCUUCACCCUGCAGUACAGCAGCGGAGCCUAUCACAUUAAAGGUGUGGACGGGCGGUUCUGGUACGUGAACAGCAGCGGGCUGGUGUGUGCAGACGGCGAGGCUCCGGAGGAUUUCACCCUGGAGCUCCAGGAGCGCGGGCGCCUCGCCAUCAGAGGGAAAAACGGAAAAUACCUACGCGGAGACCAGGGAGGCACGCUGAAGGGAGACGGACUGAGCCUCAGCAGCUCGGCUCUGUGGGAGUUCUAGAGCGAACCAAUACGAGACCCAACCGUUCUGCCAGGCUCGGAGAUUCACUGAGGAGAGAAGUCUCUAAAGUUUCCUGGUGCUGAAGGAGACAGAUGUUCAGCUGAAGAAGAGACCAGGCAGUAUGAUCAGCCAACAGAAGUAUUUUCAAGAUCUGUUGCCUCAAAAUUAGCCUGAAUAAACAUUAGUUUGGUGUUUUUCUUUUAGAUUGUUUUCCAGUAGACAAUUGAUGCAAGCAGAAAUUCGUGUCUGAAACUG